AGAAAAAAAACCACUCAAAAAUACUUGAACGGAUCUUCAUAGAUUUGGAGGUAAAGAUAAAGACACAAUGAGGCGGAGAAGUCGUGAAAGAAACACUGAUUCCGACAUUGACAACAACCAGGAAAAUGUUCCUCUUGACAAUCAGAAAGAGGACAAACCAGAGGUACACAAUGAAGAAAAGUCUGAAAAACACAGACGGGCAAUCGGCCGUUUCCGCAUCAUGGUGUUUGCAGCAGGAAUUAUAAUACUUCUUCUGUUAAUCAUAGUUAUAGUGGUGGGUGUCAUGAAGAAAUUUGAGAAGAUUCCGCCUUGUUCAUCAGGCCAGACUGUUGAUCUAUCGGAGCCGAGUAAUCCAUCAAUGUUUCAUGAUUUAACUUCCAAGGAAGUUAAAGGAAUGAUGGGGUUCUUAUUUGAACAAAAAGAUCUUAAUUUAACAAGACCUGCAGAAGCCCAAGUUAGAUCGUCGUACAUAUUUACAGCAGAACUCCAUCUACCUGAUAAAGCAGACGCAACUUAUUUUCUUGAUAGUGAUUCUGAGCGGCAACCACCAAGACAAGCGCGGGUUAUAAUAUUUCGGGGAGACUUACUCAUACCAAAAAUUAUGGAGAUAGUCGUCACUCCGCUCCCUAAUCCCACUCAUUACACGAUCUGGAAGGAUGACAUUCCUUUCCAGUACCGCCCUAUUACUGGUCCAGAUUAUGGUGGUGCUAUAGAAAAAAUCACACUGGAGACUGAUCGAAAAGCGCGCCAACUUUUACAAGAAAGCUUUGGUGGGUCACUUACAAAUUGUGGUGAAACUUGUCUUGCUUAUAAAUAUGUAUCAAUGAUGUCAUCUGCAGUCAGUGGACAAGAACGACGUUUAUACUGGUUCUGGAUGUCUCAGUUUGUAGAAUUUUACAUUCUCCAUCCUGUUGACUUCGCUGUGCUAGUCGAUAUGGAUGAUCCAAAUUAUUCGAUUGUGAAAGUAUGGUACAAUGACCAUUCUUUUGACACCCUUGACUCUCUUGUUAAACAAUACAAUGAGGACAAAUUGCAAAAGAAACACUUACUUUUUCCCGAGCUGUCCGAGACUCUGUUUUCCAGAUUAUACAGACGUGGUACCGAAUUCCCACAAACAUCACAACGUCCACCCAUUUCUAUCGAACCAGAUGGUCGCAGAUACAGUGUAGAAGGUCAGCAUGUGAAAUACAUGAACUGGGAAUUUGACUUCAGAAUGUCUAGUACUCGGGGCCCACAGCUAUAUGAUAUCCGUUUUCAAAACAAAAGAAUUGUCUACGAACUUGCUUUACAAGAAAUAAGUGUUUUUUACUCCGGAUAUAAACCAACACAGAUGUUUGGAAAUUAUUUUGAUUCGACCGCUUUAAUUGGUCCCCAGGAUAAAGGGUUGGUUCCAGGCGUAGAUUGCCCUUCCCAUGCCACAUUUAUGCCUGCUUCCCAUGUACUGGAAUCCUCUGAAAAGAUGAUCACAUACAAAAACUCUUUUUGUGUGUUUGAAAUCAACACAGGGAUGCCUCUUCGAACACAUCACUCUUUCUCUCCAUUCCAUGGCGCAUUUUAUGAAGGACUGCCAAAUACUAUUCUUAUACUGAGAUCAAUCCUUACAGUGGUCAAUUACAGCUAUCUCCUUGACUUUAUAUUCUACCAUACCGGGGCAGUGGAAGUUAAAAUAGUGUCAACUGGUUACAUACUAGCCACCCCGUUUACCACCAACGCUGCGAACUUUGGUGUACAGGUGAGCGAAAACAUCAAUGGUAACCUACACCAUCACAUGUUUAGCUAUAAAGUAGAUAUAGAUAUUGAGGGGCCCCACAACCGCUAUAGAACUCUGGACAUUUCCACUAAAGCUUCUGCCAACCGAUUCAAUCCAGACCCUAAUGCAAAAAUUGUUCAAGGUCAGUUCGUGGUUUCUGAGAAAAAGACGGAAAGAGAAGCUGCAUACAAAUUUAAUUUUGAAACCCCAAAGUACCACUUAUUUUACACCAACUUGAAAAAUAACAAAUUUGGCGUUCCUAGAUCAUACAGACUAUUGAGUAGAGGAAUGAGUAAACAACUGCUACCAGAAGGCGAGGGAAAUGAACCGGCGAUGGCCUGGAUGCGCUAUCAAAUGGCAGUCACCAAACGGAAAGAAAAUGAAAGGAUAUGCAGUUCUAUAUAUAGUGAUUUGGAUGCCAAAUCACCAGUUGUCAAUUUUGACGACUUCUUAAAUGACAAUGAAAAUAUUGUAGAUGAGGAUUUGGUUGCUUGGGUGAGUAUGGGAGUCCAGCACAUCCCCCAUACAGAGGAUCUCCCGGUAACCCAUACGCCAGGCAUGGACCUCAGUUUCUUUCUGUUACCGUAUAAUUAUUUCCCAGAAGACCCUGCAAUGGGAUCACGUGAUUCCGUAAGGAUAGAACCAAACAUAUACAAUAAUCCUAGCAGUGGAGUAAAAGUGACCGGAUUUGAUAAAGAGGAUCUACAAUGUAAACCCCCUGUAAAUGAUUAUCAACAGGUUGUAGAAGCUGAUCCGGGUAUUUUGUUUGAAAGUUCCGAUGGACAAUCCACAUCAAUAUAAAUAUAUAUAUUGUGCAUUUACAACAGUAACAGUUGAUUUGUGAAAGAACUUGUAAAUGAAAUGAUUUUUUAAUGAAAGUCUUGGCUAAAGUUCUAUUGUGUGAAUUAUGUUUAGAAUAUCGUACAGAGUUUUAUGUGUGUAUUUCAUUGUGCGCAUAUAAUCUGAUGCUUAGGAAUCAUGGAAUAAGUAGAGCACUGUACAAUGAAGUAUGUUUCUAAACUUGAGUAAUUAUACACUUAUCCAUUGGCUGAAAGAAGAAUCACUCUUUUUUUUUAAAACCCGUAAC